UGGACUUCGGAAGUUCAUGUUUUUAAAAAUGGCAGACAGUAGUCGCUUUGCUACUGUAAAUGACUUCGAAUAUAACCGAAUUUUGCGAGAAAAAGACGCCCUAAACACAAGACGAGCUACUGAAACGGCGGUCCGCACGUUUAAAGCCUAUCUUCGUGAAAAAGGCCUUUCGGAAGACUUCGAAGGCCUUCCGUUCCCAGAGUUAAACAACAUCAUCAGUAAAUUUUACACAGAAGCACGACAAGAAAAUGGAGAAUUGUACAGAAGGUCGAGUAUGUUUUCGCUUAGACACGGGUUAAACAGAUAUUUAGCUACAAAAUCCAUUGAUCUGAUCCACAAUCCGGCUUUUAAGGAGGCUAAUACUACGUUCUCAGCGGUUGUGAAAGAAUUAAAACGUCAGGGUUUGGGAAACAUCGAUCAUUAUCCGCCGAUCGGGAAAGAGGACCUAGUCAAAAUGUAUGCAUACUUUGAUAUAAAUGACAAUGUGAAAUUACAGGAGAAAGUGUUUGUGGACAUCAUGUUAUACUUUGGCCGCCGUGGUCGGGAAGAUAUUCAUGAUCUCAAAGUUGAUCACUUCGAUGUGACCACCGAUCAGGAGGGACGUGUGUUUGUCUAUUUAAAGCCUGAAAACAACCCAGAUGACGUCAUUAUCCCUGUUCCUGGUCGCAUGUACAGUAUCCCAUAUGAUCAUAUGUGUCCUGUGAAGUCUUUUAUGAAGUACAGAGGUCACCUGAGUGAGAGCUGUACGAAUUUGUUUCAGCGACCAAACGCUCGAUAUCAUCAAACUGAUGAGAAAUGGUAUAACUAUCCUCUUGGCAAGAACACUAUUGGACAAAUAAUGCCGAGCAUUUCUCAGAAAGCUGGGUUAUCUACGAGAUAUACCAACCAUUCUCUGCAUGUGACAUCAACUCGAGGUCAGGAUUGGAUGAUUAAUCCUUGGCUAGUUAAAAUCGAGGAUAGUGAUUUCGAAUCUGAUGAUACAUUCCAGUUGGCAUCAACAACCUGUAGCAAUCUGUCAACAAACAACAGCAGCCUGUCGACAAUCACCAACAGUUUACCAACCAUUGCCAACAGUCUGCCAGAUAUCGGCACUAGUCACUCCAGAAUCGGCAACAGUUUAUCAGUGAUAGGCAGUGGUUUGCCAGCCAUCGGCACUAGUCACCCCAGAAUUGGCAACAGUUUAUCAGUGAUGGGCAGUGGUUUGCCCACAACAGACAAUAGUCAGUCAUCAUCGUCAUUACAUUCUGAUAACAUGAACGAACAAAGUUUGAUUGAAUUACAGAAGGAUGUUUUGAGAGCAGAAAAAAGAAAACUCGAAUGUGAAAUGGAAAUAAUGCAAAUGAAAAAAGCAAAAAUGGCAGAAGAAAUUGAGCUGAUAAAACUUCAGAAAGAGAAACUACAGGGAGAAAUUUUGAUAAUAAAACAAUGAAAAGUC